CAGUUUCACUCCAUCUGAUGAGGUCUGCAAUUACUCCUCACCAUAUCUGGUCACUUUGCAAUUACAUGCUCCACCACAGAGUCUUACUUCCCUCCUCUGAGCUGCACCACUGCUCAUGUGGCAGACCGAAAUAGAAUAGUUUCAUGUCUGUUUGGAUGGUGGCCCAGCUGCAACUAUGCUCCAGCCUUUGACUGACAGUGGGAUGAGGACUUUUCUACUCACCAACCACUUUUAAGGGUGGUCCCAGUCCUGCUCCAAAAGGCUUCGGAAGCAGUUGCCCAGACCACUCUCUGAAACAGAGUUAAAAGUGGGGAAAAGCCAAGCAGGGGACGUAGAGUUUUCAAAGCCAAGGAAAAGAACUGAACUCCAACGAUGAGACACAUCGCAGGAACUCUACUUUUCAGAUGUUAAACAGAAAAAAAAGAUGCUGCACUGAAGUAAGAUGGCCUUGGAAAGAAUGGCAACUCCCCAGAGCAGCCCAAGACAGAGCAGCUCACUGUCUUCAUCCCCCAUGAGUACCCGCACGCAGUCUCUACAGGUUGAUUCGGUCCAACGCUGGAUGGAUGACCUCCGCCACAUGACGGAAGUGGAGUGCAUGUGUGUUCUCCAGGCCAAACCCAUUGGGGUGGAGGAGGACUCCCAACACGGAGAGCUGGUUUUGACCUCCGGGGUCAGUGCAGGGGACCAUGUUGCUAGGAACAACCUGCAGACUCUUCUUCGUCGAGCGCUCGUCGUUAGCACAGAGCUAGGAAAAAUGUUCCAGAGGCUGGAGAAAGGCCGCUGGCAGAGGGUCCACAGUACAGCUGUGCGCGCAAACUGCCACGUGCGCUCUCUGGUGCAUGAGUAUGGUGCUGCUCGGAGCAUCCCACCUGAGAUGCAAAAGUAUGAGAAAUCCUUGCUGGAGAAGUGCAUGGAGCUUACCAACAUUACAGAGAGGUGCCUUCACACAGAUGAUGAAUUCUUCCUAAAAUCAAUGAGAGAGGCCAUCCAUGAAAUCCUCACAGAUGUCAGUGAUUCGUUCAGCAACAUGAUUGACAUGGCUUUAGCCAAUGAAAUCCAGGUCCUGAUCAAACAGAUUGAGUCUUCAGAUAGCACUUCUACCAUUGGUACUUCCAUAAACAACCUCUUGUCUCUAACCCAGGAUGGACCUCAGCUCUGCAGCAUCAUUGCAAAGGAAGGAGCUGUGGUGGCUCUGUUCAAGAUCUGCAGACAGGACCGCUUCAGGGAGCUGUACGCUCACGCCCUGAGGACGGUGGCCUCCAUCUGCUCCGUGGAGGAAGGCAUCAACCAGCUGGACAAGGUGGACGGGAUUCUGUGCCUGGCAGACAUCUUGACUGAUGAGAGCAGCGUGGAAGCAGCCAGGGCCGAGGCGGCGGCGGUCGUAGCUCAGAUCACAUCUCCCCACCACACAUCCACCCAACAUCUGGCCAGCUUCCUGGAAAGCAUGCAUGACAUUGUCACAGCCCUCAUCAAGCUGUGUGAGAACGCCUCCUGCGGGGAGGUGUUCCUCUUGGCGUCUGCAGCUUUGGCCAACAUCACCUUUUUUGACAGCAUGGCGUGUGAGAUUCUGCUGCAGCUGAACGCCGUCCACAUCCUGCUGCAGGCCUGCAGAGACCAACAGAGGGUGGACACCCCGUACUCCAAAGACCAGGUGGUGACAAUUUUGGCCAAUCUGUCUGUCCUGGAGCCUUGUGCUUCAGAGGUUAUGCAAGAACAAGGAGUGGAGCGGCUGCUCCUGCUGCUGGGAGAAAAGCCGUCCUCGCCCAGCCCAUCAGAGGGCGCCGCCUGCGAGCGAGUCCAGCAGAAAGCAGCAGUCACCCUGGCUCGUCUGAGCAGAGACCCUGAUGUUGCCCAAACAGCCAUCCAGCUGAAAGCGGUCCCUCGUCUCAUUCAAUUGUGUCGCUCCCCUACUGAGAGAAAUAACAGCGACUCUGUCCUGGUCGCUUGCCUGGCCGCUUUGAGGAGGCUGGCAGCAGGCUGUCCGAGCAGCAUCAGUGUAGCCGACCACCAGCAGCUGAUCAAACCACGCCUAGUUGACUCUUUCCUUCUGUGCUCCAACAUGGAGGAGAGCUUUGUGUGAAGAAGGAGCUCAUUAAACCACUGAACUCAUCUUCACUCUGACCCGUUGCCUCAAACUUCAGCAAAACUAUCAGCAAUCUCUUUCAUUUAAACUCACAGCAUUAAUAGUCUUUAACAAAAUGUUUUCUUCAGGUUUUACUGGCCUUUCAAAUUAAAAGCGUAAUUACUUAAAUUAUGAAAAAUUCACUCUGCUUUUAUUAUUGUUUUUAUCUGUACUUUUUUAGGCAAACACUUCAAGAACUCCAAAACCAACUAUCCUACAGAUAAUGUUAAUCUUUAAUUUAUUAAGCUUUGGUACACUUGUGUAAUUUUCUCUGAGGUAAAAGAUUAGCUGAGCUUUUGGGAAAUAAAACAAAAAAUAUUUUGUAAUUCUUCUGCAAGUUGCUUUUGGGAAAUUCAAUCUUUUGGCCGCUGGGUAUUUUUUAGUAAACAUCAUGCCAUAAUUCUGUUGCAUUUGCUACUUUGAAUAUACAUUUUACUUUUGGAAAAUGCUUUUGUUUUUUAAAGAAUUAUCCUUAUUGUAUGCAUUUUAUGAAAUAAAGGAAAUGAUUUAUCCAUG